CCGACUCGCGUAGCACAAGCGGGAACAUGGCGCCUGAGUGAGGAACGCUGAACCGAACGCGAGUGCUGCUAGAUUUACUGUCGUUUGUACACAUACACGUACGCAUUCUCGCGGAGGUGAUUCGACGACUCGGCUCGAUUUUUCGGCAAAAUGAGCAAUCUGUCACCGUUCGGCGGCGGCAAAAACCCCCCGUGGGUCCGUAACGCAGGCCAAGGUAUACAGAAUAUCCAGCAGCAAAUGUUAGGUCAAGCUAUGGGCAGCAUCGGAGGGCAGCCAAUGGUGCAGUAUCAACAACAAACUCAGCAAGUGUAUCAACAAAGUCUGGGAUUACAGCAGCCUAAUAUCACUAUGGCAUCAAUGGCAACUCUUGGCUCGAACUUACCAUCGGGUAUAGCUGGACAAUUAUAUCCACAAGUCGCUACAGUCUCUUAUCCAACGCCACGAGCAUUGAACACAAAUGCUUUUCAACCUUCUGUAACAGGUGUUCCGCAACAGGUGCAACAGAAUGUACCUUCAUCAUCUACAAAGCAAAGAGUUUUCACAGGCACUGUUACCAAAGUACAUGAUAAUUUUGGUUUCGUAGAUGAAGAUGUAUUUUUCCAAACUAGUGCAUGUGUGAAAGGAUCCAAUCCUGUAGUAGGAGAUCGUGUUCUUGUAGAAGCAUCAUACAAUCCUUCUAUGCCAUUCAAAUGGAAUGCCACUAGAAUACAAGUGCUCCCUAUGAGUAAUAAUAGCAACAAUGCAAAUACUCAACAAACUAAUCAAUCAAAUCGUCAACAACAACAGCAGCAACAACAACCAAAUAGAACAUCAAGCACUUAUAAUGCUGUUCCACCUCCUACAGAAAACCCUAACAACAGUAGGUUUACAACAAGUACAACAAAUUCCAAUGCUACCAGCAACCGUAACAAAGUUGGUAGAGUAAGAGAAAGAUCUCCACGCGAACGAAGAAACGAUGAUGAGGAAAUAGAACGAAAGAGACGUCGCGAAGAGAGAAUAAGAGAACGCGAGAAGAAGGAAGACAGAAGCCCGUCAAGGACUAGAAGAAGCAAGUCACCCAGACCUCGUCGACGUACAAGAGUCGUACCACGUUACAUGGUGCAAAUACCGAAAAUCGCACUCGACCUGCCUGAAGCAGAUGUUCUUGAGAUAAGAAGACGCUAUCAAAAUAUGUACAUUCCUAGCGACUUCUUUUCAACUAACUUCAGAUGGGUCGAUGCCUUUCCACCACAUAUGCCAUUUACCCUUAAUAAACCGUGCUCCUUUUAUGUCAUGCAUAAAGACGUCGAUCCAUGUAAUGAAAAUACAGCAGUACUAGAACCUUCGGAUGCUGAUUAUCUGUUCUCUGCAAAGGUCAUGCUCAUAUCUAUGCCUGCCAUGGAAGAGAUAUAUAAAAGAUGUUGUGGUGUUUCCGAGGAUAGGGAUCCCGAUCGCGAUUAUGUUCAUCCUACGCGCCUUAUAAAUUUCUUAGUAGGCUUACGAGGCAAAAACGAGACAAUGGCCAUAGGUGGGCCAUGGAGUCCCUCAUUAGAUGGGCCUAAUCCUGAAAAAGAUCCGUCUGUAUUAAUUAGGACGGCCGUGAGGACCUGUAAAGCACUUACCGGCAUAGAUUUAUCCAGCUGCACUCAGUGGUACCGCUUCCUGGAACUCUACUACAGACGUGCAGAAACGACCCACAAGUCCGGGCGAGUGGUACCCUCUCGCGUUGAAACCGUCAUACUAUUUCUCCCAGAUGUUUGGAGCUGUGUACCUACCAGAUUGGAAUGGGACGGGCUACAACUCAACUAUAAGAAACAACUGGAGCGAAAGUUGCUACGUGCCGCCUCUAACUCCGACGAUUUGGAUGCUGCCAAUGAGACUGAUGAGGCUGCCGUCGCUGAUCAAAAGGAUGAUUCUAUGCCCGAGAAGAAAGAUCCUACGCACUAUUCCGAGCUAGAUCCGAAAUCAAUGAACGUGAAUGAUUUACGUCAAGAAUUGGCAGCUCGUAAUUUGAGCUCGAAAGGCUUGAAGUCGCAAUUACUGGCGAGACUUUUGAAAGCUGUAAAAUCGGAACAGGCAAAAGAGGAAGGUCGCCAAGAUGAAGAUGAUAAUGAAGAAGAUGUGUCGCCGCCGUCCAAGGAAGAGGACGAUAAAAAAUUCAGAGAUAACAAAGAUCAUGAUGAAGAUAAAAGAAAGCUAUAUGAACGUGAACGAGCCGUACUUGAGAAGAGGUAUACUUUGCCCGAUUCGUCGCAUAUUAUCGUUCAUCCCUCUAGAAUGGCCAAGAGUGGAAAAUUCGAUUGCACAGUUAUGUCUUUGAGUGUAUUAUUGGACUAUAGACCGGAAGAUACCAAGGAGCAUUCUUUUGAAGUAUCUCUCUUUGCUGAACUGUUCAAUGAAAUGUUGAUGCGGGAUUUUGGCUUCCGCAUUUAUCGUGCAUUGUCCAGUCUUCCUGAAAAAAUUAAGGAGAAGGACGAAGACAAAAAGAAAGAUAAAAAGGAUGACAAAAGAGAUGACAAGAAAGAUGAUAAGAGAAAAGAAGAUGAGAAGAAAUCCAGUAAGAAGGAUGAAAAACGAGAUGACAAGAAGAGAGAAGAAGCCAAAGAUAAAAAAGAUGAUAAAGACACAAAAAAUAAAAUAGAUGACAAAGACAAAGAAAAGGAUAAAAAUGAUGAUGAAGAGGAAGAUGAAGAAGAUGAAUCGGAUGAUGACGAUUCUGUGAAAGAUGGUAGGAGGGACAGAGACAAAGAUGGAAAGAAAAGGAAAACAAAACUAUACACAUACGAUCCUUAUCUUCUGCUGUCAUUUGUAUAUUUUGAUCAGACACAUUGCGGAUAUAUAUUUGAUAAGGACAUAGAAGAACUUAUUUACACUCUAGGGUUGAAUUUAUCAAGAGCUCAAGUACGAAAAUUAGUACAAAAGGUUGUUACAAGAGAUUCUUUGCAUUAUCGCAAAUUGACAGACAAAUCGAAAGAAGAUGAUUUAAAGGAUGAAAAAAAGGAUGAUAAAGAAAGCGAUAGAGGUGAAUCAGCCAAAACAGAAAAUGAGGAGGAUAUAUUGCGUUCACUUGCCCUCGGAAAUAAAAAAUUAUUACCUGUAUUCGUGGGAAGCGGACCGCCUUCGAAAAGAGCGCGAAGAGAAGACUGUGUCUUAGAAAAAAAUGAAAACGAAGAAACUAUUUCGGAAGGUAUUGUUUUGUAUAAAGGCUCCUUUUUAGAUGUAGAAAAACUCGUUGGUCAAUUGAAAAGAUCUGAGAAAGCACGUUUAGAUACUGAAGAUCGCAUGAUGGAAAUUCAGCAUGAACUAACUAUAGUCAAUGAAAAAGCCACAAAACAAACCAAUAAUAUUAAAGGUCUUUCGGAAGAUCUAAAAAUAUACAAAGAUAAAUUGCGAAGCACAGAUGAAAAGCUCAAGAAAGUUUCUACCGAAUGCCACACUUAUCUGACUGCAGUAAAAAAUAUGUAUCACAUAGCAGCAAAAAUGAUGCAAAGUGAUACAAGAAAGGUAGAGGUAGUAGAAAUUCAAGAUGAAAAAGUUGGCAGUGAAAUAAAUGGUUCCGAGACAGAAAACAAAUUUAAAACUGAUACGAGGUGGGGAGAUAAUAAGAUCCAAGUGAAGAAGGAACCCGUAGAUAUAGACAAAGACAAGAAAUCUGACAAUAAAAUUUCUGUCAAAAAGGAGAUUAGCGAAAUGGAGAAAAAAUAAAAAUCGCAUCUAUUUAUUAUAAUACACACUGAUGCGGAUAAAGAUUUGAUCUUAUUUUACUUUCACGUGCACAUGCCAUUAGUGACAUGUAAAAAAAUGCAAAGGUAAGAAAAUAGAAAAAAAAUUACUCCACAUGUGUGAUCAAGACUACAUUUUGUAACUUUUUUCACUCUAUGGUCGCAUUCAGCAAAACAAAUCACUUAUAACAUUCGAACGUGAUUAAUUCUGUUAGAACAAAUUAACAUAAAAUGAUGAUAAAACAACUUAGCAGUUGUUCUGUUGAACGUGACCAAUGAUAAUGUGUGAUGGCAUCUUUAAUUAGUAAUAAGAGAAGCACUUAAAAUCAUACAUGACUUGCAUCAUUAUUAGAAUGUCUUUCGUUUUCCACAUAAUUUUGAAUAUUUUACAUAAAAGUAUGUAAAAUUGAAUUCCAAAAUAUGAUAUGUCAUUGAGUGCUAUUUAACCGAUAUUUAACGUUAUUAUAAGUUCAAUAAUAUGUUAAGAAAUGUAUAAUUAUCCUAUUCAUCGUGUGAGGAUUUUUAUUAUUUUAAAUAAUGUAAAAAUGUGUUAGGUAUCACAUUUCAAUUGUUACAUGAUACAAAAUUAUUUUUAAAAUACAACUACUAUGCAUAUAUGAAUAUGUUUAGAGCUUUCAUACGUUACAUAAUUAUAUGAAAUUAAUAUUAUAUUUACAUUAUAUUUUUUGUUGUCAGAAUAGUUAGCAUUCUUUAAAUGAGAUAUGUUUUUCAACACAAAAAAUCUUUUUUUUUUUACAAGUCUUAUAUAAUAUAUAAAUUUCGCGCAAUAAAUGUGAUACCAAUGAUAAAGUUUAUACCAAUAUUUUAAGGAUAUCUACAUUCUUACAUUUGUAUUGAAUUUUGCGAGAUUUUUUCUUAUUUUAUUGCUGCUGAUGUCAUAGUAUAGAGAUAGUGCAGACUAUAAAGUAUUUAAAAACUAUUUGUCAAAUAUGUUUAUAAAAACAACUGUUUAUAUCGAAAUAUAUCACUGUCCAAGAGCAACAAAACUUUCCAUUGAAAAUAACGACAAACAUUUUUUACUAUGCAGCAAUAAAAAUAAUUCGAGUUUAUGAAAUAGAUUUCUUUCGAUUGUAAGAGUCCAUAGCCUAAUUUAAUAAAAAUAUGAUAAAAUCACACAUAGGAUAUCCUUUAAGUUAGACGUUGUGUGUAUUUUCACCGAAAUGUGUCAGACACUUGUGUCCAAAAAUUAUACAAAAACGUGUUCUCGAACGUGAAUGAUUAUGCGUAAUCACGCGUUCCAUUGCCCAAGUUUAUAGUUUGCAACUCAUGAUGCCAAGGAUACUAUUUUGUACAUAGUUAUCUAUAUUAUAUAGAAAAACUUUUUAUAGUUUGUUAAGGCCACAUUUUUGUCGAAAAAGGCACACCACGAGAUAGAUAAAAGAUAUAAAGAUGCGUGAACAAUUCCGAUUUUGUGUAUUUCAUUGUUAUAAAAAUCUAAUAAAAACUGUAAUUAUCUCCUUGGGCACACACGGUAGUCAAAAAUAUAAGAGCAACAAUAAAGAUUGUUUCAACAGUA